AAAUGAUUAUCUCAACCGCUGGAAUUGCAAUGAAAAUUUCAGCUGUACGAAUUUGUUUGGACACUUUAGUUGGGAAACCUACUGAAAGCUGUUCACACGUACCGGGGUACAUAUCGAAGAUGGAGGACGAACCUGUUAAAACUAAGUCUAAAAAAAGCAAAAGCGAAAAAAGUAAAAGAAAAGAAUCGGAUCCAGCGCAAGAUGAAAUAAAGAAAUUCAAGGAAAAUCUCUUGCAAUCUGCUCCUGCUGGAGAAUCAAUUCUGUCCGAUAGCAGCGAUAUUAUGCUGGAAGAGCCGAGGUCUUACUCCCUAUCUAAAGCUCGGGAAUCUCUCUCCGUACCCGCCAAUGUAUUAGCCGAGCUCGACGAAAACAAAAUAUUCGAGUUGAAAGAGGCAUUCCUUCUGUUCGACUUGGAUGGUGACGGUUGUAUCGAUCACAACGAUCUAAGGGGAACGCUGGUUAGUCUUGGAGAGAAUAUUGAUGAGCAAAUGAUCAAUACUAUGCUUUCCGAGGCCGCAAACCCGCUAGAUUUCGACUCCUUUGUCAACCUGCUGGGUUACAAGACUCUGGAACUUGACUCUGAAGAGACCCUUAUUGCUGCCCUCUCCCGCUGGGAUACAGACAACACUGGCUAUAUAUCUGAAGACAGAAUCCGCCACGACCUGAUGACGUGGGGUGACCGGUUUACGGAAAAGGAAGCCGACUACGCCCUCGACGAAGCUCCCGUCAUAAACAAGAACGGAUACAACUUCAUAGACUACAAACAGUUUUGUGCCACUCUCUCAGGUCUGAGGAAACCUAAUAAAAAAGCCCUUGAAGUCUGAAAUAUUUUUUGAAUACGCAUCGAUAUAAUAUUUUUAUUGUAUGUCAUUUUUUUAAUUUUUGUUGGUAAUUAAUUAUCGCAGUUUAUAAACAAUUUGACGAUGUUGUUACGAAGUAUUAAAUAUAUAUUUAUUUUA